UUUAAAGGAAUUCAAGUGCAAUGUAUCUAAACGGUCACGACGAAUUGGCCGGGCCACAACCGUAUGUCGGCUUUCCAAACGACAGUCUUGGAGAUGCAAGUGGCGCUGUGAUAUCCUUGGGUCAGGAUUAUCCUCAGGAGUUUCAGCACAUGGUGCACGCUCAUUGGCGAGGAUUUCGUGCUCCUCCCAUUUAUUAUCGCGCCGGCAUCUACAUCGCAUUUUGUGCCUUGAUGAUCCUGAAUAUCUUUGGGAAUGGCUUGGUCAUCUGGAUAUUCUCCACCUCCAAGUCUCUGCGUACACCAUCUAAUUUGCUGAUCCUGAAUUUGGCUGUCUUUGAUCUGUUCAUGUGCUCCAACAUGCCACAUUAUCUGAUUAACGCUGCUCUGGGCUAUAUAGCUGGUGGAGAUUUGGGCUGCAAGAUUUAUGCGCUAAAUGGUGGCAUCUCGGGCAUGGGAGCAUCCAUUACGAAUGCAUUUAUAGCAUUUGAUCGAUAUAAAACCAUUUCGAAUCCAAUCGAUGGACGCUUGAGUUAUGGACAGAUCAUCUUAUGCAUUAUGUUCACCUGGCUGUGGGCAACACCUUUCUCGGUACUACCACUUUUUGAGAUCUGGGGUCGCUACCAGCCGGAGGGAUUCCUGACCACUUGCACCUUCGAUUAUCUGACGAACACCGAUGAGAACCGCCUGUUUGUCCGUACUAUAUUCACAUGGUCGUAUGCCAUACCGAUGACCAUAAUUAUCGUCUCCUAUUACAAGCUAUUCACCCAUGUUCGGACUCACGAGCAGAUGUUGGCGGAUCAGGCGAAGAAGAUGAAUGUGAAAUCCCUCUCGGCGAAUGCCAGCAAUGAUUCCAUGAGUGUGGAACUAAGGAUUGCCAAAGCAGCAUUAAUAAUCUAUAUGCUAUUUGUGUUGUCCUGGACUCCAUAUUCGGUUGUCGCAUUGAUUGGUUGCUUUGGAGAGCAGCAGUUGAUAACUCCAUUCGUUUCCAUGUUGCCCAUGUUGGCUUGCAAAUCUGUAUCCUGCCUGGAUCCUUGGGUAUACGCUACGAGUCAUCCAAAAUAUCGCUUGGAAUUGGAACGGCGACUACCCUGGCUGGGCAUACGUGAGAGACAAACAGGAUCUGGUACGACGGGUGGUCAGGAGAGUGUGGCCAGCGUCAGCGGAGAUACGUUGGCUAUGAGCGUUCAGAACUGAAUGAGCUGACUUCGGAUAUAUAUUU